CUUGACUUUUACCUCAUUAUCUCCCAGAGGAAGAAAAGGCAAAGUGCAUCUAAGGCUCGCAAAAGGAUUUCCUUCCCUUGCAGAAGAAAUAUCCCUACCUUUCCCCCCUCCUCCUUAGCGGGAGGGGCUGCGCUGGGGGGAAGCGAUGAGAAGCUUCAUUUCUCUGCUUUGCCUCUGGAGUCUCUAUUGUUCUGUUGCCGCGGGAAACACAGACCCAGAUGGUCCAGAGGGGCUACUGAAAGAUAAAAACUUAACCGAGCAUACCCAGUCUAAUACAGUGCACCCUCCUGCCAAGCCCUCAGUGCGGUUUAAUGUCAGAACCUCCAGGAACCCAGAGCACAAAGGCUGCUAUCUCUCCAGGGGCCAUGACCAACAUUUAAAAGACUGUGGUUUCAACACAACAGCAAAAACCUUUUUCAUCAUCCAUGGAUGGACGAUGAGUGGCAUGCUUGAGAACUGGUUGUUCAAGCUCGUGUCAGCCCUCCAGAUGAGAGAGCAGGAUGCGAACAUAGUCGUCGUGGACUGGCUGCCGUUGGCCCAUCUGCUCUAUACAGAUGCUGUCAACAACGCCAGGGAAGUGGGUUCUAAAAUUGCCAAGAUGCUGGAUUGGCUGCAGGAGAAGGAGCAUUUUUCUCUUGAGAAUGUUCACUUGAUUGGCUACAGUCUUGGAGCUCACGUUGCUGGAUAUGCCGGAAACUUUGUGCAGGGGACAAUAGGUAGGAUCACAGGUUUGGAUCCUGCCGGCCCCAUGUUUGAAGGAACAGAUAUCCACCAGCGGCUCUCCCCAGAUGAUGCAUACUUUGUGGAUGUCCUCCAUACCUACACUAGUUCCUUUGGCUUGAGUAUUGGCAUCCAGAUGCCCGUGGGCCACAUUGAUGUUUAUCCCAAUGGGGGUGACUACCAGCCAGGUUGUGGGCUGAAUGAUGUUUUAGGAUCAAUUGCCACUGGAACAAUCACUGAGGGGAUGAAAUGUGAGCAUGAACGGGCUGUGCACCUCUUUGUGGACUCCCUGGUGAACCAGGACAAGCAGAGCUUUGCCUUCCAGUGCACAGACUCCAAUCGUUUUAAGAAAGGCAUCUGCCUGAGCUGCCGGAAAAACCGCUGCAACAGCAUCGGCUAUAACGCCAAGAAAAUCUGGCACAAAAGAAACAGCAAGAUGUACCUAAAGACCCGAGCUGGCAUGCCGUUCAAAGUUUACCAUUAUCAGAUGAAAAUCCAUGUCUUCAGCUACAAGACCAUGGGGAAAACAGAACCUUCGUUUUAUGUUACCCUUUAUGGCACCAACAUGGAUUCCCAGUCUCUUCCUUUAGAAAUAGUGGAGCGGAUAGACUUAAAUGCCACCAACACCUUCCUGGUGUACACGGAAGAGGACAUGGGCGAUCUCUUGAAGAUCAAACUCUCCUGGGAGGGCACGUCUCAAUCCUGGUACAACCUGUGGAAGGAGCUGCGGAGCUAUCUGUCAGAACCCCACAACCCUGUGAGGGAGCUACACAUUAGGCGCAUCCGGGUGAAAUCUGGGGAAACCCAGCAGAAAAUGACUUUCUGUGCUGAAGAUCCUGAGCAAACUAGCAUCUCUCCUGGCAAAGAUCUCUGGUUUACCAAGUGCCGAGAUGGCUGGAGAAUAAAAAAUCAGACCAGUUCAAUCACGAAUCUGCUCUAAAGGUCCUUUUGGAAGUCUUAGCCCUAGAGACCCACUGCCAUCCAACUAUGUGGAGAAAGUUACUGCUGAGGAUCUACCCUGAGGGAAAGAUCUCCUCUUGGCUGCUAACAGGAGGGCAGUCCACCGGCUGGGCUCAGACCCCAUUUUCCCGUGACUGCUGUAAUGGCAGGUGGGAGAGGAACUCAUCCAUUACUGCAACUACCACUGCUACUUAGGUUAGCACUAACCCUAACUAAAUGCUCAGUGGACCGUGAAUGGAGGCUGAGUCCCAGUUCUGUCUACAAGCUUAAUGUCUGCAUGCUUCUCAGUGCUGGUUUGAAGUUCCUGGAGAAUAUCCACCUGUGUUUUCAGCCAAGGGGAAACUUAGCCAUCGUGAAGUGACCCUUAAUGGAUGAGAGACCCACACACACACACACACACACACACACACACACACAUCCCGAGGAUUCUCUAGCUGGUGGUCUUUCCCCUGAGGGCCACCUCAGAAAAAAAUCUUUCUGACGUGAUGGAACACCUGGGAAAUAUUCUGUGUUUCCACAUAGAGGAGAAAUCCUAUGCAGAGGCGGAUGCUGAAGGGUUCUGGGCAGCUUUUGGUUGCACUGUUCCUAGUUGCCCUACUUGAGAAGUCCAGUCUGUCUUCUCACAUGCUCUUGCAAUGUCCAAAGGGAUCAUUCACUUGUUUAUCCAACAUAUAUUUAUUGUGAGACUACUAAUAGUUGCUUGCACGACAUGACCUCUGAGCCUCAGUUUCCUCAUCUGAAAGUGAGUGGACUAGAUUAAAUGAUCAAUAAGGCCCUUUCUAGCUCUGGCAUUCAGGGGGUGUAAGAGAUGCAAAUAUGUGUAAGACAUGUAUCCUGGAGGCCGUGAGUGAUCUCUUUACUUGACUUAUAGCAAAUAAUGUACUGACAUGCUAAUUACCAUCAAGGAUUUUCUAUUGGCCUUUCUUUAUACUAGAAAAUAUACCUGGUUAAAUUUCAAGCAAAUUUUUCAUCGUUCAGGGGUAUGGAAAACACUGUAUUUAUUAAGCAUAUCUAUAUAUGCAGAAAUCAACAUAGGUCAAGGAAACUUGGAUCCAGGAGCUACAGAUUGGGCUUGACUUAAAUCUUUAAAUCUUGACUUUACUUUGCACUUGAGACUCCUCCAGAGAUUUUAUAUUUCCAGCUGUGCCUCACCAGGGCAGAAUUUCCUAGAAAAACUUCCGUAUGAUAGACUCUAUAAUAAGAAGACAUCUUUGAGUUUAUAUUUUUUCAUCAUUUUAUACUUUUCAAAGAAGAGCACCAUAUAUGACCUUGAUUCUCGGAGAGAAUUGGAGAGAGCAGAUAUUACUUACCCCAUUUUCCAGAUGAAGAAACUAAGAUUCAGAGAGGUUGUUGGUGUCUCAUAUCAUUUGAUGCUGGUACUAGUCCUAUAGCCCAGAGAUCCUGGCCCGUCAUUCAGGGCUUCUGUCUCUACAGUUUAGUGUUAAGAUUUGGGAUGGAAUUAUGCAGUCUGUCCCUCCUGAAAUGCUCCAAAUGUGAUGGGCAGGGGUUCUUUUCCAUUGUCACCUUGAAUCUGGAGCCUCUAUGUGUUACCAGAAGAUCAUAACCUAUGUUAAGAGGCUGGGAUGCUUUUUGAUCUCCAAAAAGGAAGAGGAGGGGUGUGUGUGUGUGUGUGUGUGUGUGUGUGUGUGUGUGUGUGUGUGA